AUGGCUGGAAUGAUGUCUGCAGAUGGGACGUACGAGGUGCCUCUCGAAGCAACCCCUAAACGUCGUUCGCGCGGACCAUGGUUUGUUGAACAUUAUAGCAAGGGUCCAUCGCAAAGUGUCUCAGAAAAGUCAGGAGGCCCAAAAGAUAAUAUCAUAAGAAUUGAGAAGGAAAAUCGUCGUACGGAUGAGUACUUAACGAGCAAAUUGAAAGACAACGAAGUUGUUCAUUCGGAACAAAGCGUUCACUCAACUACAACGAAGGUAGUCAGAACAAGCCAAACAGUUGCAACAGACGACGAUGGAUAUGCAAUACCAGCGACUGAAGGGCGAACUGGACCGAUGCCAUCUUUUCAAGAGCUAGGUAGGGCAUAUCUACCCUAA